AUGGGUCGAAAGUUCCCGUUGACCACGUCGUUUUUGGGUUUCCCGCUCAAGACCGGAGCCAUCAUCAGCGGCGUCUACGGAAUAGUGAUUGCCAUAGUCACUCUAUUAAUUAUUCUGAUAAAUGACAUCAGAAUACAGACCAUUGUCAUAGAUUUCUUACCAAAAGCUGUCGUACAAAUCAUUGUCGCCAUCAACCUGCUUAUGACAGUAUUAAUAUCGGUUCUGCUUUUGGUCGGGAUUUUUAUGCGAAAGAAGAUAUUGAUGCUUCCUUGGAUAGUACUUACAAUCAUGUUAUGUAUUGGACUAGUCAUAUCUGUGAUAUACACUUCUAUUGACUUCUUGAUUCAUAAAUUCUAUUUCACUAGCUUUGGGGUUUUAGUGGUUGGCUUGCUAUGCGUGGGUAUUUACGUGUACAUGUGGUGGGUGACUUACAGUUAUUACCAAAAAAUCAAAGAAGAAGAUAACCGGACUCCAUACACUAGAACACCUUACUACGGCUGA